CUUCAUGUCCCUCCGAGCCUCCACCCGGCCCCUUUUUCCGCCCGGAGCUAAGAUGGCGCCGGUGGCGUCACUGCCGCUCCCUUUUUCCCGCCAAGCCUCGCUGAGGAGAGAAGAGGAAGAGGCCCCAGGGAACCAAGGCUUAGCCCCGCUGUGUCUCUCCUUCCAGGGCCUGAGGAUGCCGUGCGUGGCGGACUGGCUGAACUGCCCCCUCAGCAUCGUCCAGGGCGUCUUCGCUCAGGAUAGUCCAAACCCUGAAUGGGAAAGAAAAGUAAUUGAAUAUUUCAGAGAGAAGCUAAAAGAAAACAAUGCAACUAACUGGGUACCUUCAUUGAAUGAUGUCCCUCUACAUUAUCUAAAGCCCAAUAGUUUAGUGAAAUUCCGCUGUAUGGUUCAAGAUAUGUUUGAUCCUGAAUUUUAUAUGAAUGUUUAUGAAACAGUUGACAUCCAGACUAAAUCCCGUGUUUUGCAUUUUGGAAAAUAUAGAGAUAUAGCAGAAUGUUCACCUCACCAAGAAAUAGACCUAAACCCUAAACAAAUAGUCACUGCAGACAGACAGACUUUUUACUGUGUUCCAGUGCCUGGAGAAUCAGCAUGGGUGAAAGAAGCCUAUACCUGUGCAAGUCAAGCUCGGGUUUGUCCUUCGACAUCUUAUACACCAAGUCGCCACAAAAGGAGUUAUGAGGAAGAUGAAGAUAUGGAAUUGCACCCAUCUAAACAGAGAGAACAAAAUCUGGGAAAUGUCCCUGAUAUCCAUGGUAAUGGAGAGCCAAAGCGAUUAGAAACAGAAGCUUCGGUGAGACAUCAGAUGAUCUCCUUAAACUGUUCACCUCCACUAGACUUAAAUUUUCCACUGCCAGGAGAAAAAGGCCCUGCAUGUCUUGUGAAGAUAUAUGAAAACGGGGAUAGCUUCAAGUUGAAUGAUGUUCUUGAGGUGUAUGGGAUUUUAUCUGUUGAUCCUGUUCUGAACAUAGUGAACAACGAUGAAAGAGAGAAUUCAUCAUCUCCAGUGGAAUCUAUGGAUUGUAUGGACACAGUGGAAGAACAGAGAGUUCAUAGUCCACCAGCUUCAUUAGUUCCCAGAAUCCAUGUGAUUUUAGCACAGAAACUUCAGCACAUAAAUCCAUUGGUGCCUGCCUGCCUUAAUGAAGAGGAAAGCAAGAACUUCAUUUCUAGCUUUAUGUCUGAACUGUCACCAGUCAGAGCAGAGUUACUUGGAUUCCUCACUCAUGCCUUCUUAGGAGACAGCCUGGCUGCUGAAUACCUUAUAUUGCAUCUCAUCUCCACAGUCUAUGCAAGAAGAGAUGUCCUUCCUCUGGGAAAAUUCACAGUCAAUUUAAGUGGCUGUCCAAGAAACAGUGUCUUCACAGAGCAUAUAUACCGUAUUAUUCAACAACUUGUUCCUGCAUCCUAUCGCCUGCAAAUGACCAUAGAGAACAUGAACCAAUUGCAAUUUAACCCACACAAGGACUACACAGCUAAUCGUUUGGUUAGUGGAGUGCUACAGCUGGCAAGCAAUACCUCGCUUGUCAUAGAUGAGACUUUGCUUGAGCAAGGACAGCUUGACACGAGAGGUGUGCACAAUGUGACAGCACUGGGUGACCUGAUAACUUGGCAGAAGGUGGAUUAUGACUUUAGUUACCACCAGAUGGAAUUCCCAUGCAACAUUAAUGUCCUUAUCACAUCAGAGGGCAGAUCACUCCUACCGUCAGACUGUCAGGUUCAGCUGCAGCCACAGCUCAUUCCCCCUAACAUGGAGGAAUACAUGAACAGCCUUCUCACAGCAGUGCUGCCAUCCGUUCUCAACAAGUUCCGGAUUUACUUAAGUUUGCUGAGACUGCUUGAUUACAGUAUAUCUGACGAAGUGACAAAGGCAGUAGAAGAUGAUUUUGUGGAAAUGCGUAAAAAUGACCCUGAGAGUAUCACAGCAGAUGAUCUUCACCGAACUCUCCUUGUAGCAAGGUUCCUUUCUCUAAGUGCUGGGCAAACAACUCUUUCACGAGAGAGGUGGCUAAGAGCAAAACAAUUGGAAACACUGCGCAAGGCCAGGCUACAGGAGCAGCAAUGUGUAAAUGGAAAUGAACUCUAGAGUUACAGCACCUACGUUGCUUACAUAACUGCAAUUUUUGCCUAAUAUGUCAAGCUAGUCUGAAGAGAGCUUAUGUUUAUAUUGGGUUUUGUAGAUAAUUUAUACCAGAAAAUUAUGGCUCUUUUCUCAAAGUUGAACACAAUUUAUGGUGUUCAGUAGAUUAACACUGAUUAAUUUUUUGAAGCUCAUUUUUUAACUGAACUAGCAACUAUAGACAAACUGUUUGAUAUUAAAGAUAUAUUAUAAAAAUGCUGUCUUACUUUUCCUAUACUAUAGGUAGGGGAUAGGGGACCUUGGCAUGAGUAGGUUGGAGUGGCACUUCAAGUGGGGAUGCCUUCCCUGCUGAUAAGUAACAUCCUACAGGCAAUAACUGAUACACCACUUCCUUUGUAGUAUGGGUAUGUCCUAAGGAAACACUAAUUUUAUAGCAGAUGUGGUGUUUACUAUUCAUCUGAAAUACCAAAGGAUGAUGUUGGUAGGUUAACCAGUAUCAUGAUCAUUUGGUAGCAUGGUCUGUUACUAUCAUACCAUGCGAUUCUUUUGGUAGUAUAAAUAAUAUAAGCUAUUGGAGGUACCAAUUAAUAUAUAUUUUACUUUCUAGUGUCAGCAGAAUCAUUCUGCACAAUGUUGACUGUUUUAUGCUGCAGAAUUCUGGAGAACUAUAGGUACAUUCAUACACACUAUUAUGGUGACCAGAUUUCUUGGGCCUUAGAAUGAAAGAGAUGCACAUUGCAUGGAAACACGGGUAGGAGUGAGAGGGCUUUUUUUAAAAGGAAAUGUGAAUUCUGUUAUUGAUUCCAUUCAGGAAUCCACCAAACUUCAGUGGAAAACCACCAUCCUAAAGUAAUAGAGAUAGUGAUAAUUUACCAAGGUUUUGAAGACAAUAUGGCAUUUUCUAUAAUGUUGAUCUUGAGGCUAUGUCCAAAAUCCACAAUAUCUCAUUUAAUCACACUUAAGUGCACCAUCUCAUUCAGAAGUGUUUUUUUUUUUAAACAGAAAAAGUUCAAGUGAUUAAAAACGUGCCAGAUACUAUUACAGGCUUUCCAUUUCUUAAG